AUGGCGGCACCGGAACAGACACACCUCGCCCCUCAUGGGGCGCCAGUCGGCUCGGUUUCCAUCACGCCUCCUCACAGUGCCAACGGAAAAAAGGAUGCGCCCGAGGGGGUCAAGCAGGAAAAUGCCGAAGCAACCCCUGAGAUUGAGGAAGAAAUUGAACCCGACCAUUUUUAUGGAGGUGGUAAAAUUCCCGUCUUCAAACCUACCAUGGAUCAAUUCCGUGACUUCCAGUGGUACAUCAGCAAGAUUGACAAGUAUGGAAUGCAGACAGGAAUCGUCAAAGUUGUCCCCCCAAAAGAAUGGCUCGAAGCACAAAAGCCAUUGGAUGAACAAGUGAAAUCGAUUCGGGUCAAGAAUCCUAUCAUGCAAGAAUUCCAUGGCUCGCAUGGCACCUACACUCAAGCGAAUAUUGAACGUCAACGGACCUACAACUUGCCGCAGUGGAAGGCUCUUUGCGAGGAUGGAAGUCACCAGCCGCCGGCUCGCCGUGGAGAACGACGUCGCAACGUGGAGCGUACGAGCCAAGCUGCCCCUACCCCCAAGCCUCAGCCUGAUCCUCGCCCCGAUGGCCAAAAGCGCCGGCCUGGGCGACCUGCCAAGCGUGCCAAGGUAAAGCAAGAACCAACAGACGACACUGAAAAGUCUAAGCUGGAAGGCCCGCCCACGCCUGUGUCGCCCGAGUCAAACCCCGUCGAGACCAAAUCUGAAGAUUUGAGUGAAGGCGAAUCUCUUCCCGCUGCGAAGCCGAAGGGGAGACAAGCCAAGUCUGUCUCUUCGCGACGAAGGAACAACCGUGGAGAAACCGUAGAUACGACCGACGACGCCGCGUACGAAGGAUUUGAUUAUCGGAUUCACGAUAACGAUGAGUACACAGCCGAGCGAUGUGAGGAGCUGGAGACCGCAUACUGGAGGUCUCUCAUGUUCAACAACCCAAUGUACGGCGCGGACAUGCCUGGCUCGCUCUUUGACGAUUCGACGACGUCAUGGAAUGUUGCAAAGCUUCCAAAUUUGCUCGAUGUACUGGGACAGAAGGUUCCAGGAGUCAAUACAGCCUAUCUGUACCUGGGAAUGUGGAAGGCCACUUUUGCCUGGCACUUGGAAGAUGUUGACCUUUACAGCAUCAAUUACAUCCAUUUCGGUGCACCGAAGCAGUGGUACAGCAUUUCACAGGAGGACGCACCUCGGUUCGAAGCCGCGAUGCGUAGCAUUUGGUCGAGCGAUGCGAAGAACUGCGAUCAAUUUUUGCGCCACAAGACUUACCUGGUCUCACCCAGCCUGCUCAAGUCGCAGUAUGGUAUCACUGUGAAUCGAUUGGUACACUACGAGGGAGAGUUCGUCAUCACAUUUCCUUACGGAUACCACUCUGGCUACAACAUUGGAUAUAACUGUGCCGAAUCAGUGAAUUUUGCGACUGAGAAGUGGCUGAACUACGCACGUGUGGCCAAGAAGUGCAAUUGCGAAUCAGACAGCGUCUGGAUUGAUGUGGAUGAGAUCGAACGAAAAUUGCGUGGCGAGGCAACGCCUGAAUACUAUGUCACCUAUGAAAGUGACCUUGAGGAAGGCUUUGACGGUGCCUCUGAUCUUCUCACGCCUCCACGCAGUGUACCUGAGAAGGCCUCCACCCGUGGCCGAAAGAGGAAACAUGCGGGCGACGGGCCGAAUACCAAGAGACCUAAGCUCCACCCCGACGGCCCGCGAAAGACUCCAUGCCUUCUAUGUCCCAAUGAUCUGGAGUACGAAGAAUUGCUACCGACGGAGAAUGGAAACGGCUUUGCUCACAGGCGAUGUGCUACGUUUGUGGAGGAGACUUCUAUCCUUCGGGACGCUUCGGGCAAUGAGGUGGUCUGUGAUAUUGACCAGAUCCCUAAAGCUCGCCUUGGUCUCAAAUGUCUCUUCUGCCGUGAAGCUCGUGGUGCCUGUUUCCAAUGCAACUUUGGAAAGUGUACCCGGGCUUACCAUGCCACAUGCGCCAUGCUCGCUGGCGUACAGGUCGAACAUGGAUCCGUCGCUGUGAUUGCUGACGAUACCAAGGCAUACUCCCUUCCUAGCGUGGACCUCAAGUGCAAGUUCCAUCGCCAGAAGCGUGCGAAUAAUACGGAGCCCUCGGAUUUGGAUCGUCGAGUGAUUGAAGCUGCAUUAGGCCUCACCGAAGGAGAGUUGAUUCAGUUUCAAGCCGACAAGGAAAUCAAUGCUGCCAUUGUGAUCCAGAAUCGACCCGAAGAACGGACCUUAUUGGUCAAAGUUCUCCCCAGAGGGGAUGUGAUCGAGAUGCCAUACCGUUGGUACCUCGUGGUGCGGAAGAGCAACUUCCUACCCCUCGCGCCAGGGAUCCAACCCCUCCCGGCCCACUUGGCGCGGAAGCCCGACCAGAGGGACCUGGAAACCGCCCUUCCGGUCGCAGGAAGUGCUUUUGGCGACCAUCGGUCUCCCUAUCAAUGGGCCGAAUUCGAGACAGUGGAAUCAGUUACGAACCCAAGCACCCCACUUCCUGCCGUUCACUUGGAUAAAGAGGGACGGCUGUGGCAUUACUUGGGGGCGCAGUCCACCGAGAGUAGGGCACAGUAUACGCACAACCCUACUGUGCCCGUCCACAACCCGCGGGCUAAUUUCCUGGACAGCGUCAAAUCGCUUGGCGUGGCUGGUGUUGCUGCUGCUCGUGCAUUGAAGAUCCCACCCCACCAGUCUUUCCGUGCUCCCACCGCCCCUGCCCCUCCCUUCCAGCAAAAUCUUUACCCCCAACAACGGUUGCAACAACAAUCCGAAUCUCUGACCACCUCGAACGCCAACACCACCCCUCACCUACACUCCCGACCGCCCUUCUCUCCCGCAUCCCUGCAGCACCGUGCCCCUCCCCCUCCGCCUACUUCUGCUGCUGGUGUUGCUGCUGCUGGUCCUGCGAUGCCGUCGGCCUUUCGAACUUUACCGAAUCAAUCUACUCGUCAUGCCCCCUAUCCUUCGGUCACCAAAUCGCACGUUCAGCAGCAGCACCACCUUCCUGCCACCAACACCUUUGCCAACGUCCGUGAGCUUAUCUCCCGACGGCGCCUCGCUCAGAUCACCGAUCAUGCCAAUGUGUUCGCCGGGUAUACGAUUGUCAGCCCCGAGUUGGUGGUAGAGACCCUGCUGGGCCCUAUGGGCUCGAUUCCUCCUGCCAAUGGACUGGAGAAACUUGAGCUGGCCAUGGCCCAGCAGCGGGUGCAGCCCCGGGCGGCAGACGGUACCUUAUUGCCGCCGCAGACCCUUAACAUGCGGUCCGAAGAGUCAUCGCGAGCGGCUGGACGUGAUCCAGAAGAAAGAGUCCGAGGUGGGAAGAUGGAGACGAUUGAUCGAGGAAGCGUGGCCGCCGCCAAAGUCCCGGGUAAAUAUGCGUUCCUCGACCAGCAGCGGGCUCUGGCCCCCAAUGUCUACCAAUCACCAUACAACAUGCCAUCGGGCCUUUCUGAAUAUGCCAAGACUACCUACGGCUUAGUUCCAUCUCCCGAUGAGCCGCCAAAACCGUCGCUGGCAAACGAUUACUUUGCCAGCCUCUCUCCCGAAAACCAGGAGAAGAUCAUGAAGUCAUGCGGAAGCUUUGUACAACGUGCCAUUGAGCGCUCGGCUAGCCACAGCCGACAAAGCUCAGCGUCUAAUCUUCGGCUGUCAUCAGCUCUGGCCCAGCAAACGGAGAACCCCACCAUCGACAUCACGACGGUUGAGGAUCCACCCCUGUCUGGACUAGACCUGCCUCUUCAUGCAGAUUCCCCCUGUUCCAGCUUUGCCCGGUCGCAUUUGCGACUUGCCUCGCCUAAUGAAUUCCCCAUGCACGGGCCGGACCCCCAUCCCGAUCAUCAUGAUCUGUUCGGGGAUCAGCAAGCCAAUACUCGAUUCUGGCAAAAUGGGCCAUGGGUCGCCGGCGAUGGAAAUACCCCGAACGAAGAGCAUCGGCCUUUCUUCGGCCCGCAUGAACGACUUAAGCACGAUUAUGCAUCCUCUGAUAUCUCUUUAGGCCGAGGACCUGGAUCACUGCACUCCGUCGACAUGGCUGGCUUUGGUUUUGACGGACCAGACGAUCUCGCUGGCGGACUUAGUCCUUAA